CCUGCCUGUUACAGCCCCAGUAGUCCCAUCCAGAUUCUGGAAGACCCCAACUACUUUUUCCCAGACUUUCAGCUCUAUUCUGGGAGGCAUGAAGCAUCUUUGACGGUGGAGGCAAACAGUAGCGUCAGGGAAAAAGUUGUUGAGGAUCCUCUUUGUAACUUCCACCCACCGAACUUCCCGAGGAUCUCAGAGGUGGAAAUGAGAGGUUCCGAGGAUGCGGCAGCUGGAACAGUGUUACAGCGGCUGAUCCAGGAGCAACUGCGCUAUGGUACCCCGACUGAGAACAUGAACUUGCUGGCCAUUCAGCACCAGGCCACAGGGAGUGCAGGACCAGCCCACCCCACAAACAACUUUUCUUCCACGGAAAACCUCACUCAAGAAGACCCACAAAUGGUCUACCAGUCGGCACGCCAGGAACCGCAGGGUCAGGAACACCAGGUGGACAACACGGUGAUGGAGAAACAGGUGCGGUCCACGCAGCCUCAGCAGAACAACGAGGAACUGCCCACGUAUGAGGAGGCCAAAGCGCAGUCCCAGUUCUUCCGGGGGCAGCAGCCGCCGCCGCCGCAGCAGCAGCAGCAGCAGGGGGCUGUGGGUCACGGCUACUACAUGGCCGGGGGCGCCAGUCAGAAGGCGCGGACUGAGGGCAGGCCCACGGUGAACCGCGCCAACAGCGGACAGGCGCACAAGGACGAGGCGCUGAAGGAGCUCAAGCAGGGCCACGUCCGCUCUCUCAGUGAGAGGAUCAUGCAGCUGUCGUUGGAGAGGAACGGUGCAAAGCAACACCUCCCUGGCCCAGGGACCGGAAAGGGGUUCAAGGCGGGCGGGGGGCCCUCCCCAGCCCAGCCUGCAGCUAAAGUGCUGGACCCCCGAGGUCCUCCACCCGAGUACCCCUUCAAGACCAAGCAAAUGAUGUCCCCGGUGGGCAAGACCCAGGAGCAUGGACUUUUCUACAGUGACCAGCACCCGGGAAUGCUCCACGAGAUGGUCAAGCCUUACCCUGCUCCCCAGCCUGCGAGGACAGAAGUGGCCGUCCUGAGGUACCAGCCACCCCCAGAGUAUGGGGUAACGAGCCGCCCCUGCCAGCUUCCUUUCCCGUCAACGGUGCAGCAGCACAGCCCGAUGUCCUCCCAGAACUCCUCCGUCAGCGGGCCGUUGCACUCGGUGUCCCUGCCACCUCCACCUCCGAUGACCCUGGCAGCCUCGCAGCCCACGCCAGCCGCCUCCCCCAGCCAGCAGCUUGGUCCGGAUGCAUUUGCGAUCGUGGAGCGAGCCCAGCAGAUGGUGGAGAUCCUAACGGAGGAAAACCGGGUGCUGCACCAGGAACUUCAGGGUUACUACGACAACACCGACAAGCUCCACAAGUUUGAAAAAGAACUUCAGAGAAUCUCGGAAGCCUAUGAGAGCCUGGUCAAGUCUACCACCAAGCGAGAGUCGCUGGACAAGGCGAUGAGAAACAAACUCGAAGGCGAGAUUCGAAGACUCCAUGAUUUCAACAGAGACCUCCGAGAUCGACUGGAGACUGCCAACAGGCAGCUGUCCAGCAGGGAGUAUGAUGGACACGAAGACAGAGUGGCCGAGGGGCUUUACGCUUCCCAGAACAAAGAAUUCUUGAAGGAAAAGGAGAAGUUAGAAAUGGAAUUAGCGGCAGUGCGGACCGCGAGUGAGGACCACCGGAGACACAUCGAGAUCCUGGACCAGGCUCUGAGCAACGCCCAGGCCAGGGUCAUCAAGCUGGAAGAGGAGCUCCGAGAGAAGCAGGCAUACGUGGAGAAGGUUGAGAAGCUGCAGCAGGCCCUGACCCAGCUGCAGUCUGCCUGCGAGAAGCGGGAGCAGAUGGAGCGGAGACUGCGCACCUGGCUGGAGAGGGAGCUGGACGCCCUGAGGACCCAGCAGGUGAGGGGCGGGGCCCUCGGUGUCUGGCGCAUGCGUUCUGUGAAGGCCAUGGAGCUGAGCACCUGCUGCCCGCCAGGCUCUGCGCUCUGCCCUGAGGAUUCAGGGGUAAACGAGAGCUUGCUGUCCUCCGUGGUCCAGCACAGAGAGCGGAUCUUGGCGCUGGAGGCUGACAUGACCAAGUGGGAGCAGAAGUACGUAGAGGAGAGCGCCAUCCGGCACUUCGCCAUGAACGCUGCAGCCACUGCAGCAGCCGAGAGGGACACCACGAUCAUCAACCACUCGAGGAACGGCAGCUAUGGCGAGAGCUCGCUGGAGGCCCACAUCUGGCAGGAGGAGGGGGAAGUGAUGCAGGCCACCAGGAGAUGUCAGGACAUGGAGUACACUAUUAAAAAUCUCCAUGCCAAAAUCAUAGAGAAGGAUGCCAUGAUUAAGGUCCUCCAGCAGCGAUCCCGUAAAGACGCCGGGAAGACGGACUCCUCCAGCCUGCGGCCCGCUCGCUCUGUCCCGUCCAUCGCUGCAGCCACUGGGACUCACUCCCGCCAGACCUCGCUCACCAGCAGCCAGUUAGCCGAGGAGAGGAAGGAGGAGAAGACCUGGAAGGGGAGCAUAGGGUUGCUGCUGGGGAAGGAGCCCCACGAACACGCAUCCACCCCCAUGCUGCCCACCCCGCCUGCCACAGGGCUAUCUCCUGCGGCCCUUGUCACCUCGGCCAGCAGCGCCCACGCGAAGACAGGCAGCAAGGACAGCAGCACACAGACGGACAAGAGCGCCGAGCUCUUCUGGCCCAGUGUGGCCUCCCUGCCCACGCGCGGCCGGCUGAGCGGAACCCCUUCCAACAGCCCGGUCCUGAAGCACCCAGCGGCCAAGAGCACGGCAGAGAAGCUGGAGAAUUCUCCUGGCCAUGGGAAGUCACCUGACCACAAAGGUCGCGUCAGCAGCUUGCUUCACAAGCCCGAGUUCCCUGACGGGGAGAUGAUGGAAGUUCUCAUCUAA